AUGAAGGGAGUCGCGGUUAAACGAAACCAUCAGCAGGCCCUCUUGGCUGCUGUUCUUCUUCCCGUUCUUCUGCUCGGUUCCGCGGUCGGCGAGAUCGAGAGACGUACCUCGAAGCAGAUGGUCGAGGAGUCGGCCGAGAGUUUGGCCUCCGGCUUGAGCAAGGAUUGCGGCAAGUCGUACAGCGCCACCUGCCUCAAGUUGGACGUGGUCUCGUUCCUCGACAGGCUGUCCGGCACGUUGGGGGCAAUCGGUUUCGGCGCUCUAGCUCUGCUCGCGGGUAAAGCGCUGAUGACAGGUCUGAUGGCCCUCAUGUUAUCCGCCAUCGUCGGUCUGAAAUCUCUGGCGAGCGGGGGCGAGAAGAAGACCACCUACGAGAUCGUGAGCAAACCGGUGUACUCGAGUUCUCACACUCACAGCUCGGAGGAGCACCACGGCCACGGUUACGGGCAUUCAGGAUACGGGAGAUCCCUGGACGCGAUCCACGAGGACGUGGAGCAGGCCGUUCUGAAAUACGGCAACGUGCGGGACCGUCGAUCGUUGCUUCGACAAAAUUAAGAUUAACUCGUGAACGGAGGAGCCG